AUGGCCGCCCCCAUCGACAACGACUAUGACAACAACGAAUUCGCCAACGCCUGGUCGUCUGGUCCCGCGUCGGCUGCCAACGCCGGCGCCGCCCCCUCAGCCCAGGAGCCCACCGUCCAGCAGACUAUCGCAAAGGAGCGCAUCAUAAAGGACAUUGUCCAGCUCCGGGACGGCCUCCGCGGGCUCAUGGUGCGCGUCACAGAGGUCGAGGGCGAGACAGAAAAGCUGCGAAAGGACAACGAGUUCCUCGGCACAUACAUUGACAACCUCAGGUGGUGUUCUGCAAUGAGGAGGGGACAGGCCCCUGGUGCUGUGCUGUCUGUUGGCCUCUGGUAA